CCCUCUGCCCCGCGCGUAAGACAUCAUACCCGCGCAGUCCUUCCCCUCCCGUCACCCACAUAUCAUGGGAGUGUCAUCAACAAACUUGCCAAGCUAUACAUUCUAUCUUCCUCUAUUAUCUUUGGUUGGCUCUGAGUUACUGGCAAAAAUAUAUCUAACAUUAGCAUAUUGUGCGAUUGUACAAGUUUAUCAAUGUAUUACGAAAAAUACUAACAUUGAAUAAGCAAUGACAAUGCCGAUUGUGGACCGCUACCAUCAGUUGUAAAUCGAGAUCGGACCAUGGCGGACGCGGAAAAAACAUUACGCGAAUUAUUAGACCAAGUACUAGACGACAGAGGUUAUACACCGAGGGAAAUCGAGGUCAAGGCGAUCGAAACCGGCGGAGCGAACUACACAUCAGUUCUGUUCGCUAUAAACGUUUCAUCACCUGAUCGUGAUGAUCUGAAACUAUUCGCAAAGGUGGUGUGCGUCGGAGACCCGCUGAGAGUUAUCAUGCACAUAGAUUAUCUUUACGCGACCGAACGUUUAGUAUACAAUCAACUGGUGAGAAUAUACCAAGAGAUCGAAGAAGAACAGCAAGUGGCAACAGAACACAGAUAUGUUUUCCCAAAAUUCUACGGAUGUAACGCUGAAUAUGGCAAAGAAGCAGUCAUCAUGGAAGAUUUGGUGGCAAGCGGAUACGAAACUUUCGACAGAUUCAAAUCUUUAGAUUGGGAUCAUGCGAGCGUUUGUAUGGAAAAUAUAGCAAAAUUCCACGCUUUAUCUUUCGCGUUUGAAAAGUACAGGCCAGAAACAUUUAAAGAAAUGACAUCAAAUAUGGUAUUCGAGGUAAAUAGUACAAUAGAACCAGAUGAAAAUAUGAUCGCUUUGCGUAAGUCUAUGUUAGAGAACGCCGUUAGUGUGGUUAAAGAGGAGUACAAAGAACGCAUUAGGAACUUCGCACAGACGCAUGCGUUCUGGGAGAAGUAUAACAAGCCGAUUGGGAAGCCGGUCAUAUCUCAUGGAGACUAUAGAACUAGCAACAUAUUGUUUAGAAAACAGGACGGCCGUCUCCAAGCCAUCGUGGUGGACUACCAGACGACACACGCGGGCUGCCCGGCCAACGACCUCAUGUACUUCAUAUUCCUGGGCACGGACGAGGAGUUCCGCAGGGAGCAUUAUGAGCGCCUCCUGGAUCACUACCACUCGAGCCUGGAGCAAGCGUUGAAGAGGUUGGCGGUGGACCCCAGCGUUUAUACGCGGGAGAAGUUGGACAGCGAUAUGAAAGAGAUGUUGCCCUACGCGGUGCUGCUGGGAGUGUCAGUGCUUCCAGUGGUGACGGUGGAAUCAAACGCCGCGCCCAAGAUUGAAGGCGAUGCUGAUGUCAACAACUUCUCCAUAAAGCCCAACGAGCUCUUCGCGAAGAGAUUCAGCGGCAUCGUCAACGACUGCGUGCGGUGGGGCGCCAUAUAACAGCCACAAGUCAUCGUCAACGACUGCAUACGGUGGGGCGCCAUAUAACAGCCACAAGUCAUCGUCAACGACUGCGUGCGGUGGGGCGCCAUAUAACAGCCACAAGUCAUCGUCAAC